AUGGAAAGUUGCGAAGAAUAAUCUAUUGUUUAAGUUUAUGAACAACAUUGUGCAGAAAAUUUAAAUAACAUAGACAAAUAAGUCACUUUUGUACUAAGGCUUAUAAUAUUGUUAAUUGCUAUAUUCUCGAGUUCUAUUGUUCUCAUAACUAUCAAAAAUAGUAAAAAAAGUAAAUUUUGGCCCUUUAAAUUAAUUUUUUGCUAAGUAGUUUCUGAAAUAAUAGAUCUCCUAUUAGCUUUAAUAUUUACUAUCAAUAGUUCGUGCUGGCCAAAUGUUUGCAAAAUUAUUGGAUAUAUAAUGCAUUCAAAUUGGUUGGCAUCUUUGAAUUUAAUGUUUUUACAGUGCUUCCUCUUUUUCUGUUUGAUUCAAGUAAAUAAUUUUCUUAUUAUUAGUUAGAAUGUCUAUUCAAUUUUAUUAUGACUUACCUAAAGUUUUUUAUUUUUAUUUUCUAUACUUUUCCAUAUGCAUUUUUAUUUUAUGUAUAUAUGGAUGAUGGAUUUGGUCCUUCAGGAUGGUAUUUAAAAGAUGGAGAAUUCAAUUUUAUAUUUUGUGGAUGUAUAAAAAAUUUUCGAUUUAGUUAUUAAUCAUUUAAUAAAGGAAUUUUGGGUAGUCCCUGUUUCAAUACUUUUUGGAAUAUCAAUUAUAAUUUCUAUAUUUGUAAAAAUAUUUUUAAUUUACAUAGAAUGCAUGUUUUUGGGUUCAUCUUUAAUAUAAAAAAGAACUUAGAUAUCCUGCCUUAAGAAUAAGAUCAAUGGUUAUUUUCCCCUUACUAUACUUUUUUGCAUGGAUAAUAAAUUUUUUAAUGAGGUAAAAUUUAUGAUAUUUAAAUAGAAUUAAUGAAACAGAUUCUUUAGAAAAAAAAUAUUGCCCUGUUUAAGAAAAGAAUAUAUUUUACUACAUUUUUUAUUCAACAUUAAAUUUAGGAUUUGAAUUACAUUUAACAGUUGGAGCAUUUCUAUUUUAUUGCAUCUUUAAGUAAAAUAUUGAUUAAUUUAAUAGAGGAUUAUUUGGAAUAAAUUCUUUCUGGGAUGAAAUUUGCUUCAGAAGAAAGAAAAACAUAAUAUAAAAUAAUAAUAAACUUUACUUAGAAGAAUCAGAUUCAGCUAUUUAAUUAGAGUGA